AUGGCUUCAUCUAAGAAGAAGAGAAAUCAGUCCAAAUCCAAAAACUCGUCAUCCAAACGUCGCAAGGUCGUGGAGACAGCUCCUGAGGCACCUGACCAGUCCGAGGAGGCUGUUCCUCAACCGACCGUUUCACUCCAGGCUCAGCCUGUGAGCCCGGUAGACUCAUUGUCCAGUAACGUCUCCUUCAAGCUCCAUCAACGCCUCGAGCGCUUUGACGACCUUGAACCGUCCGGCAUUAUAGUCGACGUUAAGCCACCGGAUGAUAUCAAAGAGUAUGCAGAUAGCACGGUCUUGGGUAGCAAGAAGCUCCGAAUAGUGGAGCAGAGCAAAGUAGUGGAAGCGUUCAUGGCGAAGAUAGCUGAGCUCAGCCGCAGAAACAACAUGAAACAUGAGUGGGUAGGGCUCAUACAUAAUGCUAUUCUUCACAUGAACCUAGAGAACAGGGUAGCGUUCAGGACUGUUGAAGAUAAAGAGCACCGAUCUCGACCUGACAUUUGUGUUGGGCUGAGCGAGUCUCACCUACGAGAAAUCCUAUACAAAGACCCGGAUGAUACAGCCGCGAAAGAUUUCUGGAACAAGUUGAAAGAAAAAGAUGGAGUGAUCAGUGAUCCAUACGCGAAGCCGCAGUAUCUGCGCUUUCCAUUCUUCAUCGUGGAAGUCCGGGCCGACUUCAACGGAGAUAACCUGCAUCAGGCCCAGAAUCGAGCUGCAGUUGGUGCUGCUGGGGCACUCUGGAUGCUUCAGAUGCUCUCUGACAAUAGGAGUGGAACGAAAAGCGCGAAGUCCAAGAAGGGCUUUGAUGUUACCAAUCUUCCGGUAUUCUCACUUGUUUCGGAGGGAGCAACAUUCCAACUCUGGGUUCAUUACCGGAAAAUGGUUCCGGGAGACAGCACGGACAAGAUCGAAUACUGUUCCGCACAUGUCAAGUCAUGGCAUGCAAAUGGUGAAAAAGUCUGUUAUAAGAUUCUGAGAAAUAUUUACGCCAUCCUAAGAUGGGGAGUGGGUGAAUACAAGAAUAAGGUGGUUGAGGCGCUCAAGUCAUAUGUGUGA